AUGUGGCUGCAGAACCUGUUUCUCCUGGCCACUGUGGCCUGCAGCAUUUCCGCACCCACAAACAACACGGGCACCCAGACCCUAAACCUCAGUGAGGCCAUCCAGGAGGCUCUACACAUCUUAACAAACAGUAAUGACACUGCUGCUGUGAAGGAAAAAGCAACGGUUGUCUCAGGAAUGUUAGACCCCCAGGCACCAAUAUGCCUGCAGACACAGCUGGAACUGUACAAGCAGGCCCUGAGGGCCAACUUCACCAGGCUCAAAGUCCUUCUGAACACAAUGGCUGAAUACUAUAGGGAGCAAUGCCCCCCUACUCUGUGUGACCUCCUCUGA